AUGGCUCUCUCUAGAGCCCGCUUAGCUUCCUCUACACUGUUCCGAUCCAUCCUGCACCGUCCUUCCCAAUUUCUCUCUACAAGAGCAAUUGGGUCGGCGGAGUCGGGAGAGUUUUCAUCGAUGAUGAACCAGAUGUUCACGAUGGACCCCAGCUCUCAAAUUGGGAGUUGCAUGCCACUGGGUAUGAUGCGAAUCGGUACCCAUAUCCAUAAUAUCGAGAUCCGACCCGGACAGGGAGGGAAAUUGGUGCGUGCUGCCGGGACCUCUGCGAAGAUCCUCACUGAGCCCAGUAGGUCGACCAGGUACUGCGAGAUAAAAUUGCCAUCAGGAGCCAAGAAACUUAUAGACACGAGAUGCAGGGCAACAGUAGGGAUGGUAUCGAACCCGGAGCAUGGGAAAAAGAAGUUGAGGAAGGCAGGACAGAGCCGAUGGUUGGGUCGGAGACCAGUGGUGAGAGGUGUGGCUAUGAAUCCUGUUGAUCAUCCACAUGGUGGUGGUGAAGGAAGGAGUAAGAGUAGUGGGAGUCAUGGUCGGGGCUCACGUACCCCUUGGGGGAAGCCUACUAAAGGUGGUUACAAAACUGGCCCACUUAAGAGAAGGAAGUAA